GUCGGUUUUUUCCCCAGAUACAGCUUUGAAUAGAACCAAACUCAAGAUCAGAACACGAAGAACGACCGCAGGAGCUAGAAACCAAAAACAUCAGCACAAACAAAAAGAAGACGACAUAUAAUGAAAUUACCAAGUUUACCACUCUCCUCCGUCCAAUAAUCAGAAAUUGCCAAAAAAAAGAAAAAAAAAACCACUCCACACUGUUUCCGCACGGAACACUGCCCUCUUGCUCCUCGUCUAUCAUCUCUCUCUCUCUCUUUCUCUCCUCUUUCUGAAUUCCCUGAAUCAGAUCAAACCCUAAUUCUCCAAAUUCUCAUCGUUUUAGUCCAAAUCAGAUCUCUAUUUGGGGUUCUUCCUCGUCAAUUCACUUAUUUGCUGAUAAUUGUUAUCUGUAUCUGUUUGUUUCUCACUGUAUCGUCAAAGAAAUUGAUUGACAUUUUUGGGGUAAGGAACCGUAAAAUUUGCGUUUAAUCUAAUGGCGUGUAUAAAAGGGGUGAAUAGAUCGGCGUCGGUGGCACUGGCGCCGGAUGCCCCUUACAUGGCUGCGGGGACGAUGGCUGGGGCGGUGGAUCUGUCCUUCAGCUCAUCGGCGAAUCUCGAGAUCUUCAAGUUUGAUUUCCAGAAUGAGAAUCGUGAGCUUCCCGUGGUAGGCGAGUGCCCCAGCUCAGAGCGAUUUAACCGCCUCGCUUGGGGCAAGAAUGGAUCCGGUUCCGAUGAGUUUUCACUCGGGUUCAUUGCUGGUGGCCUUGUUGACGGCAAUAUCGAUCUUUGGAAUCCCUUAACCCUGAUCCGCUCUGAGGCAAAUGAACAAGCUCUUGUUGGACACCUUUCAAGGCACAGAGGGCCUGUUCGUGGUCUUGAGUUCAAUGCCAUUGCUCCAAACUUAUUAGCAUCUGGGGCAGAUGAUGGUGAAAUCUGCAUCUGGGAUUUGGCAGCACCUGCACAACCCUCUCAUUUUCCACCUCUUAGGGGUAGUGGUUCUGCCACUCAAGGUGAAAUCUCAUUUCUGUCUUGGAAUAGCAAGGUUCAACAUAUAUUGGCAUCAACUUCAUAUAAUGGAACAACUGUUGUUUGGGACUUGAAGAAGCAAAAACCUGUGAUAAGUUUUGCUGAUUCCGUAAGAAGACGGUGCUCUGUUUUGCAGUGGCAUCCUGAUGUUGCCACUCAACUUGUUGUUGCAUCUGAUGAAGAUGGUUCACCCGCACUUAGGCUUUGGGAUAUGCGGAAUAUAAUGUCACCAGUGAAGGAGCUUGUAGGGCACACAAAAGGUGUAAUUGCAAUGGCAUGGUGUCCCUCUGACGGCUCUUAUUUACUCACAUGUGCCAAAGAUAAUCGGACUAUUUGUUGGGAUAUGGUUACUGGAGAGAUUGUCUGUGAACUGCCUGCUGGUACCAACUGGAACUUCGAUGUGCACUGGUAUCCGAAGAUACCUGGCGUAAUAUCAGCAUCUUCCUUUGAUGGCAAAAUUGGCAUUUACAACAUUGAGGGUUGCAGCCGUUAUGGUGUAGGGGAGGGUGAUUUUGGUGCAGUGACUUUGAGAGCUCCAAAAUGGUAUAAACGUCCUGUUGGGGCAUCUUUUGGAUUUGGUGGAAAAGUUGUAUUUUUUCACCCUUGUGUGUCUGGUUUAGGUGCUUCUGCAUCAUCAGAGGUUUUUGUGCAUAAUUUAGUUACUGAAGAAAGUCUGGUCUGCCGUUCAUCUGAAUUUGAAUCUGCGAUACAGAAUGGGGAGAGGUCUUCACUAAGGGUUUUAUGUGAAAAGAAAUCUCAAGAGUCUGAAUCUCAGGAUGAUCGAGAAACUUGGGGCUUCUUAAAGGUGAUGUUUGAAGAUGAUGGGACAGCUAGGACAAAGUUGCUCAUGCAUCUUGGUUUUAGUGUAUCUGCAGAAGAAAAGGAUACUGUACAAGAUGACCUCUCCCAGAGUGUAAAUGAUAUUACACGCGAGGAUAAAGUGGCAGAAAAAGUGGGCUGUGAGGGUGAGAAAGAAGCUACCCUCUUUGCAGCUGAUAAUGGGGAAGAUUUCUUCAACAAUCUUCCGAGUCCCAAAGCUGAUACACCCGUUUCAACUUCCGAAAAUAAUUUUGCUAUUGAGAGCACAGUUCCUAGUGCAGAUCUAAUACCUCAAGAAUCAGAUGGACUGGAGGAAAGUGUGGAUCCAUCAUUUGAUGAUGCUGUUCAACGUGCAUUGGUGGUGGGUGACUAUAAGGGAGCAGUUGUGCAGUGCAUUGCUGCGAAUAAAAUGGCUGAUGCUUUAGUUAUUGCUCAUGUUGGUGGUGCUUCCUUAUGGGAGAGCACACGUGAUCAGUAUCUUAAGAUGAGCUGUUCCCCUUACCUGAAGGUUGUCUCUGCAAUGGUGAACAAUGAUCUCAUGAGCCUUGUCAACACCAGGCCUUUGAAAUUCUGGAAAGAAACACUAGCACUCCUCUGUACGUUUGCCCAGAGAGAGGAAUGGACUGUACUCUGUGAUACGCUUGCUUCAAAACUAAUGGCUGCGGGUAAUACUCUGGCUGCAACUCUCUGUUAUAUAUGUGCUGGAAAUAUUGAUAAAACAGUAGAGAUUUGGUCAAGGUGCCUGACAACUGAACAUGAUGGGAAAUCUUAUGUUGAUCUUCUCCAGGAUUUGAUGGAAAAGACCAUUGUCCUUGCUUUGGCAACUGGGCAGAAGCGAUUUAGUGCAUCCCUAUGCAAGCUUGUUGAGAAAUAUGCUGAAAUUUUGGCUAGUCAAGGGCUUCUAACAACAGCAAUGGAGUACUUGAAACUCUUGGGGUCUGAUGAGCUGUCACCUGAACUUGUGAUCUUAAAAGAUCGUAUUGUGCUUUCUACAGAACCUGAGAAAGAAACUAAAUCUGCUGUUCCUGAGAACUCUCAUCCAACAAGUGAGCCUGUCUUUGAGCCUUCACAACAUUUAUAUACGAAUUCAGCUGCAUCACUAAUUCAGCCAAGUGUUCCUACUAGUGCUUAUGAUGAAAAUUAUCAGCAUUCUUUUUCUCCGUAUGGAGGAUAUGCACCUCCUGCCUCAUAUCACACUCAACCGCUGCCUGCCAACAUUUUUGUUCCAACCCAAGCUCCUCAUGUUUCCCAGACAAGUUUUGCUCCUCCACCUGGCACCACUCAGCCUGCUGUUAGACCCUUUGUUCCUUCAAAUCCUCCUGUUCUAAGAAAUGCAGAUCAAUAUCAGCAGCCAACUACCUUGGGUUCUCAGUUAUAUCCUGGUGGUGCCAAUCCUACUUAUCCUGUACCCCCUGGGGCUGGUUCACUUGCACCUGUCCCAUCACAAAUGGGAUCAGUUCCUGGCCCCAAAAUGCCCCAAGUUUUAGCUCCCACCCCAUCACCUAGGGGAUUUAUGCCAGUAACUAACACAUCUGUUGUUCAAAGACCUGGGAUGGGCACAAUGCAACCACCCAGCCCUACACAGUUGGCAUCAAUACAACCAGCUGCAGCACCUGCUGCUCCUCCACCAACUGUGCAGACUGUUGAUACUUCAAAUGUACAUGCCAACCAGAAACCUGUAAUCACAACCUUAACUAGACUUUUCAAUGAGACAUCUCAAGCACUGGGAGGUUCACAUGCAAACCCAGUUAAGAAGCGUGAAAUAGAAGACAAUUCAAGGAAAAUAGGCGCCUUAUUUGCCAAACUCAACAGUGGAGACAUUUCAAAAAAUGCUUCUGAUAAGCUUAUUCAGCUCUGCCAGGCUUUAGAUAAUAAUGAUUUUGGUACAGCCCUACAAAUCCAGGUUCUUCUAACUACUAGUGAGUGGGAUGAGUGCAACUUUUGGCUUGCCACUCUCAAGCGGAUGAUUAAGACAAGGCAGAAUGUAAGAUAAGUUAUAAGAAGGUAUAAAAUCUCCAAGGAUCUAAUCCACAGUCUACUUAUUUUUCCCUUUUGUGGUAACACACUUGGGGCACAGAUAAAUCCUUUUUUAUAGUAGUACACAAGAAUGGAAUAUCUUGAUUGCUGCUGCAGGAUUUUGGUUGUUUUGGUCCAUUACAUGCUUCCUGCUAAAUAUUGACUAGCAUUUUACAUUAAUACUCUUUUUGAAAGCAGUUAGUGAAAAUAGUUUUCAGGACGUUAUGUUGAUUGUUUCUCAUUAGACAUUUUGUAGUACUGAGAAGUAGAGGUGGCUUAUUUAGUUCAGUUUUCACUUUUUUCUUUCUCUUUUUUGGGUGCUGAAAACUCUGUUAGUGAGUGAAUUGGAUUGACAUACUGUUGUUGCAUUGUUUGGUUUCCGCGUGGCCAUUAGUUGUACAACAACCCAUCUGCUUUUUUAUCAUUAAUAUGAAAGGAGAGUUUUAAUAGGAUGCUUACAAUUUCAUCGACUGUUUUGAACUUUGAAGCGUUUCCUUCCCGUCACCUUUCUUUGAGCUGUAUUUUAGAAUAUUUUCGAAUAUCUUUUUGGGACAUCUCUCUUGAGGGUUGCGGUUUGGGUUUGAAAUUCAUGGGAUAGUAAGUAAAUAGUAAUGGAUUGUAAAUAAAUCCAUUUAUGAAGAGAGCAUCAUCACUAAUGUGAUUUUUUUGGUUGGUUUGAAAAUUUUAAUCGAUCUGGGAGAAGGCCAAUUUGUUUAAGCGUUAGUGGAUCCUGCUAUGGACCUCUAACGGUCCAACUUUGAUCCCGGGCCUGGCUCUUGAACUGAAUAUCCGUCUGACUGGA